AUGUCUUCAGUUAGCAUGUCACCCUCAAAGGAGAAAAAAUGCCAAUGUGGAGUUCCAAUGUCUAGGCUGACUGCUUGGACUAGGGAGAACCCAGGACGCAAGUUUAGGACCUGCAAAUUCUAUGAUCCUGUGACUGAGUCAAGGGGGUGUAAAGCUUUUGAGUGGGUGGAUCAACCAGAUGGAACACCUUGGCAAACAGAGGUGAUUAACAACUUGCUGCUGGACAAGAAACUAAUGAAGGGAGAGCUGAAUGACAUGAAGAGGGAAGUUGAUGAUGUUAGUGGACAAAGGAGGUGCUUGCUCAAUGAGAUUGACAGCUUGAAGAUGAAAUGCAAAGCUCUUAGCUCAGACAGGAAGAAGAUGAUCAAGGAAGUGCAUGGCAGCAAUGCAACAACAAAGAAAAUGCUCACAGUACAUGUUAUUGUUGUGUUUUGUUGUUUUGGUUUGGUACUGGCUAUGUAUUUUAGAUCUUAG